CAGUAGCAAGUUCAGUUGCUAAAAGUCACAAUCAAGCAUGCGUUUCCUGGUAGUCUUAGCCUGCCUGGUGGCCGUUUGUGCCGCCGGCACUCUGCCCAACGAGGUGGAGCAGCGUCUGUUGGAGCUGGCGGAUCAGAAUGGUGACAUCGAUCUGGUCGCGGAGCCCCAGGAGGGAGUUGAAGUUGCCCCCCAGUUUAUUGUGUCCUGGCAGGCGCGUCGCUUCAUCCGCAAGCUCCAGAAGCAGAUGGAGUGCGGAUGGCCCCAGUAUGGCAUUCCCGUGCUGGCUCCUCUUCGCAUCAACGAAUUCGACCUAGACUACAAAAAGGGCAUUUUCGAGACCUUGAACCAUGUGUUCCGCCUGAAGAUCGCCGGUCUGAAUGACUUCAAUAUCCAGAAGUUCAAGCUGAACGUGAUCACCAGCAAGAUUACCUUCGAUUUUCUGUUCAAGAACAUCGAUACCACCGCCCAGAAGUACGACACUGAUACGCUGAUCGAUGCCCUGCGCCAGUUGGGUCUGUCCGUGGAGUACGAGGGAUCCGGAGAGCUGUUGUUCGAUUUGGUCAACCUGCGUAUUGCUGGCACUCUGAAGUACAAGCUUCCCAUGCUGUGGGGUUCCGCCAAGAUCACCUCGCUGAAGACCACCAUCUCGUUGGAGUCUGUGACUUCGGACAUCACUGGAUUCAUGGGCAACGGCAAGAUCAACCGCGCCAUCAACAGCCAGCUGGAGAACAUCGUGGUAAAGGGAAUCAAUGGCAACCAGGACGCCAUUUCCGAGACCAUUGAGAACGCCAUCGUGCCGCGAGUGAACAAGAUGCUGAAGGGCAAGGACUUCUGGACCGUCGUGGACCUGAUCCUGGCCAGCAGCGACGGUGAGAGCGAGGACGAUCCGAUUGUCGUUGAUUGCGAUCCCUCCGCCGAUCCCUGGGCCUAAACUAUGGGACAGCCGUGAAUAAACACUUGUCGAUAUAUUCAAUUAUUGGUCUACUUUUGGGGUUUUUAUUUGUGGAAUCCCAUUGGACUCUCAUUUCCUGCUCCAAUAUCCACAAUCAAUCUAUAAUUAUAUGCUCUGAAUUCACUGAAUGUGGUUUGCCUAAACAAAGAAACCUUUUAUAGCUAUUAUAAUUGCGGUUGGACUUAAAAACAGAAUAACUUAU